GACGCUAAGCUAACAUGGCGCGGUACAUGGUCCUUCAUUAGCCAGGGUGCUAACGUAAAUAGCAUGUUUAUACGCUACGUUUUUACCGAAAACACUCUCUGUGUUACUUAGCGAGGGUCAGUCUUUGUUUGUUUGGAAGUCUGCCGUCUAUGAGCGUUUACUCACGUCAGUCCUACGGGCGCAUCCACUCAUUUACCAUCUAUGCUAGCUUGAACAUUAACAAACGUUAGCUAGCUAGCAGGCUGAUUUGAUACUGGCGAACUCCUUUUAUAUCGUUACCUAUGGCUUUCUAUGAAGUCUACUCUCACCCGGCUUUGAUUCGGUACAAAACGAGUGUUUGCACGAAAGCCACUCUGUUUCUGGUUGUUGUUUUGUGCCUUACCUACAUCCCACCUCUGCUCGUUGCCUACAGGAGCCAAGGUUUCUGGAUAAAGAGAAGCACGUAUGAGGAGCAGCCGGUUGUGAGGUACCAGUACGAGACUCUGCUGGUGGCAGCUACCAGUACUCAGGGAGACUACGUCGCCUGGAGCACCUUCCCCCAUCUAAACAACAUGCUCGGGGCCAACCUCCGCAUCCCUGCUGUGUCUGUGAGAGAGGAGGACCAGAACCAGGAUGGGAAGUUGGACCUGCUGGUUUUUCAACUGCAGCUACCUCUAAAACCUGAGGAGCAGGUGUACAGUGUCCAGCUGCUGCUCACCUUCAGCUACAAGCUCUUUCGGAUGUCCACAGUGGUGAUGCAGAGCCUGGCUUAUGUGCAGCACUCUUCUUCUGUCCCGGGAGCGAAGCUGUUCAUCAGCGGAGACCUGAGGCUGCAGCAGAGGACGCCGCUGCCUCACAGGGGACUGUACAACAUUUACAAUGUGUCAGUCAUCGAUGGCUCCAGCCCCUUUGCAAGUGCAUACAACCUUGACAACAUAAUUAAGAGCUACCAGGAUAGAAACUUGACCACAGUGCUGUCCUGUCCCAUGCCCGUCUGGACCGUGGGACGAGCUGCUGGCUCUCCCUUUCAGCUUAAUGCUGAGAUUCGAUACCCCAUGGAGGUCAUUAGCUAUCGUCCUGGCUUCUGGGAAACCAUCAAAUUUGCCUGGAUUCAGUAUGUCAGUGUCCUCCUCAUCUUCCUCUGGGUCUUUGAACGCAUCCAGAGAUUUGUUUUCCAGAACCAGGUCCUCACCACCGUACCCAUACCAGUGGGAAAACCUCACCUGUCAUGAUGCAGUGGUGGUGCUUGGACCUUCAGGUGUGCAUAAACCACCAGGCUGCUUUUUUCAAACAGUGUCACAUGUCUUGCAAUGACUCGCCAAGACUGAUAAUCUGUGACUGAAUUGUAAUACCAAAUAAAAGACUGUUUGAGUUUUAGGGAUUAGCCAUUAGGUCACUUUUGUAAUUAAACUUUCCCAGACAGGAUUCUAUGCAGGCCCUCCUCCACAGGAAGUACACUACUUGUUGCAUUUCACCAUUGCAUUUCUUGUCUUACUGCUGUUUUAAACAAUGGAAAUUUAUAGAAAAUAUUAAUAGAUUUCUCAUAUUUUUCCUAUUUGUAUGUUUAUGACAGUUUGUGACAGUCAUUAAAGAAAUUAUUUGUUGAUAA